AGUUUUCAGCUCUUUGGUUUUCUAUGAGCUCUAAUUUUUAUACCAUAUUACUGUAAAGCUAUAUAUCUGCAAUAAAAAAAAUUGUGCAAUUCAUGACCAUUUCAUUUCAAAGCUAUUGACAGCUUAGGCAAAAUAUUAUACAUAUAUAUACAUUGGAAAAUGUUUCUCUAGUUAUCUUAUUCACCUUCUAUCUGUUUGAUUAGAUUCAAUGGCUGGUUUUGGAGAUUACAGUAAUUAUAACAGACCCUAUGGUCUAGAUCCCAAUAGAGAAACGAAUGAUCUAUAUGAUACUCGUUAUCAGCAGAUAUAUGGAUAUCACACUCCUUUAAACGAAGAGUAUCAAGGACCGCCUUUAGUAAUGGAUGAUGUUUCAGAAGAAGAAAAUAAUGCAUAUGUGACAACAGCUAUAAAUGUAGCCAGCUUAGUAACUGAGAAUUUAUUGAGUCAUCCAUUUAUAGUGUUGAGAAGACAAUGCCAAGUCCACAAUACUCUAAAAAAUUAUCAUAUUGUACCCUACACAUUAUUGCCAGUGGUAGCAAGAUUGCAUAGGCGGCAGGAUGUGACGACUCUUUGGAAAGGCAUUGGCUCUACAUGUAUAGUCAAGGGCCUCAAUUUAGCUGUGGAAGAUGUCCUAUCAAAGGGAACUGGUUGGCCAAAAGAGAUUGGAAAAUGCAGUUCAGUUCUCCAGUUUCUUCAGCACAUGACAUUAAAAUGUGUAAGUCUGGCUGUGAUAACACCAUUUUAUUCUGCAAGUUUGGUGGAGACUGUACAGAGUGAUAUAGCAAGUGAUAAGCCAGCUAUAUUGGAUGUCUUCAGAGAAGGUUUCAUGCGUAUAUUGGAGUGGGGUACACCUAGUCGGGGCAGGAUGCUACCCAUAUGGGCCAUAGUAUUGCCCACAGCAGCCUUUGGCAUUACAAAAUAUUUUGCUCACCUUGCUCUUAAAAGUAUAACUGUGAGAAUAUUACGCUUCCAACAAAGACAUAGGCAUGAAUUGAGUGCUUCAUAUGACAUGAAUCAUCCCAAAAGUGUCCCCAAUCCAUUAAUAGAGGAUUUGAAUUUAAAAGCUAACAUAUUCUCUUUUAUUGCAAUGGAAGUAAUAUUUUAUCCUGUUGAGACAAUAAUUCACAGGCUUCAUAUACAGGGUACCAGGACAAUUAUUGAUAAUUUAGACACGGGCACAUCAGUUACACCAAUUCUAACUGGAUAUGAAGGUUUUAUGGAUUGUUACAAUACAACAAUGGCCAAAGAGGGAAUAGGAGGGCUGUACAAAGGUUUUGGAGCCCUUAUUUUACAGCUGGCCGCACAUCUGGCAAUUAUUAAGUUCACCACAUUUGUAGUUGCAGAAAUGUCAAAUCUGUUGAAACCCGCUAAUACACCUACUAGUUCGGAUGAAUCUGUUCAUUCUCAACAAAAAUACUUAUUCAAUUAGAAAUUUGUAAAAUUGUUUUAUUUAGCAGUCCUUCUUGAAGGGCUUUGUUAUUUUUAUAAUUUAUAUUUAUUUACAGUCUUAAUGUGAAAUAUUGUAUUCAGUGCAAGUGUUUACAUAAAUUAUACUAGGUAAUUACU